CUGGGCCGAAGCUGGGUAGGAGUUCCUUUAGUGCCCCGGAUGAGGCCGAGCGGGCUGGCCGGAAAGAGGGAAGCAGAAGGUAGGACCAAAGAACGAUGAGAUGUUUCCCUGAAAAAAAGAAAAAUAGAUUGGGGCUAUGGCUAUUUUCUGCAAAAUCUUACUGAAACCAGAGGUUGAAGAAUAUCUCAGGGCUACAUUUAAAAAUGCUGAGCUCACAACAUUUAUUGGUCCACUGAAAGCAGAACAGAAAUAUGAGUCCUUGUUAAAUAAUUUAGCUCAUCCACCAGCUUUCACCAGUGUUCGAGUAAACACACAUCUGGCUUCUGUGGAAUAUGUAAGAAAUCUGCUUUCCAAAGAGAUCCAAAAGCAAUAUGAAAGUCUUAGUGUUCCAGUUCUACAGCAUCCAGAACUUCCUGACAUGUUACUUAUUCCUGUUAUUGGGCCCAGAAAGGAUCUGCAAAGGUUGCCAAAUGAAGUGAUCGUUGAUGCACAAUGUGGAAGUGCGGUGCUUCGUGGAGCACAUGUUUAUGCUCCUGGGAUUAUAUCUGCUUCAAAAUUCAUGAAAGCUGGCAGUGUGGUUUCAGUGUACUCUGAUAUUGAAGGGAAGUGCAAAAGAGGAGCCAAAGAGUUUUUUGGGAACAAAGUUUUCAUUGGAAAUGGGAUUUCGGAACUGAGCCGCAGUGAAAUAUUUACUUCUAAUGGCCCAUUGAAAGGGCUGGGAAUAAAAAUGACUGAACCAAUUUACUGUAGUCUUUCAUUUGACAACAUGUUAUCCAGUUAUGUAUUUUUACAGAACUUGCCCUCUUCUAUUGUGAGUUACAUUGUAAAUCCUCAGCCGGGACAGAGAAUCUUGGACAUGUGUGCUGCUCCCGGGGGCAAAACCACCCACCUUGCAACAUUAAUGCAUGAUGAGGGGGAAGUGAUAGCCCUGGACAAGAUAGCAGACAGAGUGAAAAAGAUUGAACAAAAUGCUGCAUUACUAAAGUUGAAUUGUAUUAAAGCUUUUUGCUAUGAUGCUACUAAGGUACUUGCUGAUAGCAAAAGAGAGGAUGGGCAAGAAGGACCUCCAUUCUUACCUGAGUCAUUUGAUCGGAUACUUCUUGAUGCUCCAUGCAGUGGAAUGGGACAGAGACCAAAUUUGGCUUAUUCAUGGUCUUUAAAAGAAGUAACUUCUUAUCAACCUUUGCAGCGCAAACUUUUUAGAGUGGCAGUGCAACUGCUAAAGCCAGGAGGCAUCUUAGUAUAUAGUACCUGCACAAUUACCCUUUCUGAGAAUGAAGAGCAAGUGGCUUGGGCACUGGAAACUUUCCCUUGCCUCCAGCUUGAGUCACAGGAGCCCCAUGUUGGAGGGGAAGGCAUGAUGGGAGCUGGACUGUCACCUGAGCAGCUGAAACAACUACAGAGAUUUGAUCCAUCUGAAGUCAUUUUACAGGGAAUGGACUUUUAUUCUUUGCAGGAUGUCAAAUAUGAAGAUUUGAUACAUCUAGCAAAUAAAGACUGCAUAGGAUUUUUUAUUGCAAAAUUUAUAAAAGUGCAGUGAAAAUUGCUGUAGAAAUCAAUGUAAAUAAAUCUUGUCUUUCCUCUUAGCCUUUGGAGCGUUCCAAACUGUGUUUCAUGCUGCAGCAAUGUUGCCAAGCCAACUGACUGACGACAUAGUUGCUAUAGCAGCAGUAAAAUCAGCCAGCUGUUUCUCCUGGGAGAAAUCCACAGGUUGGAGAAACAAGCCUAAGGAAAGGGGCCGUUGCAAUUUGGAAAGUUUCAUUUGGUUUUGCAUUAACAAUAGGUCACUGAUUCUGGAAACCGGCUUGUCCAGAUUUCUGAAAUCCGGUCAAUUUGUUCAGAUGGUUUUGUUUACAAUCAUGUACAGUAGGAAUCCUGCUUUCAAAAUAUACUAUUCUGAGUACAAAAUCAA